UUUAAAUAUGGGCAAGAGAAUUAGAAGUAAGCAUCUCCUUUUAUAUCCUAAUAGCAUAAAGAAAGGGUAAAUCCAACAGUGUCUUCAAAGCACAUUAAAAUCAAAGAGUUGGAAGUCCUUAAUAUAGACAUCUUGAUUAUGCUGAGAGACAUGGUUAUGUGAGAGGUGUGAUUUCUGAGAUUAUUCAUGAUCCAGGAAGAGGAGCCCCAUUGGCCAAAGUUGAAUUUAAUGAUCCUUACAAAUACAAAAAACAAACUAAACUCUUCAUUGCUCCUGAAGGUGCUUAUACUGGAUAAUACAUUUAUUGCGGUGCUAAGGGUAAUCUAACCUUUCAUUCAAUUUCUAGCUUAAUUAGCAACAGGAAAUGUUUUACCUAUUGGAUCAAUUCCAGAAGGUACAGUUGUUUGCAAUUUGGAAGAGCAUCCUGGAGACAAAGGUGCUUUAGGAAGAGCUACAGGAUGUUAUGCUACUAUUAUUGGUCAUUCAGAUGAUGGAGCAUAAACUAGAGUUAGAUUACCCUCCGGUACAAGAAAAACUUUAAGUUCACUUUGCAGAGCCACAGUUGGUUUGAUUUCUGGAGGUGGAAGAACUGAAAAACCAAUCCUUAAAGCAGGAAGACAAUUCCAUAAAUAUAGAAGACUUAGAAAGGUAUGGCCAAGAGUCAGAGGUGUUGCCAUGAACCCAGUCGAUCAUCCCCAUGUAUUUCUUUUGAUUAAUUUUCACUUAGGGUGGUGGUAAUCAAUAACAUAUUGGACAUCCUUCCACUUUAUCCAGAUAUGCUCCUCCAGGUCAAAAGGUUGGUCUUGUAGCUGCCAGAAGAUCAGGACUUCUUAGAGGAGGUGCUUAACUCAAACAAAUGGACGAAGACUUGGCUGCAUAAUAGGCUAAGAAAUGAUAUUUUAUUUAUUAUUGUACAGUAUUAGGAACUUAUAGAUGC